AUGUGGGGCCUUGGUCUUACAAGUGACCUCCAGAGACAAGAGACAGACCGAACUAGUAAUCCCUGGCAUGGUGAAGAAGGGGAAUACGAUCGAAAUGAACCAGAAGAACCUGGACCCUUGAGCCCCGACAGCGGCGUGAUAGCCGAUCCGGAGGGGACGUGGGGAGAACGAUAUGUCAGUCAUCCUAACCAGCGCAUGGCGAUGGAGGAUUUUGAAGCGCUCAGGGAAACCCUGACGUCGUUAUCGAAGACGAGGUCGCAGGCGCAUGAUAGGCCUGAUGGGUUAUUCUGGACGCUUAGCAGGAAGAGUACGAUGAGGGCGGGACCGAGACGCGCAUCGAUGUCGAGAUCAGACGCGGUCGCUGACGAAGAAGCCGACGAUAUUGUAGCCGAGAAAGAGGGUGUUUUUGAGCUGGACAAAUUUAUGAGAGAAGGGCAUUUUGAGAAGAGGAAGGAUGGCCAGUCCGUGAAGAAGGUUGGUGUGAUCUGGAAGAAUCUUACCGUGAAAGGUGUAGGAUCUACCACGUCCUUCGUCCGAACACUCCCUGAUGCUAUAAUUGGCACCUUCGGCCCCGACCUGUACAAGAUUGUGUCGAAUUUUAUUCCAGUGCUGAAGCUGAAGCUGAAGCAACACGCUCAGACAAGAACAAUCAUCAACGACUUCUCUGGCGUAGUCCGAGACGGAGAAAUGAUGCUUGUUCUUGGACGUCCCGGAUCCGGCUGCUCCACCUUCCUCAAAGCCAUCGCCAACAAUCGAGAAGCAUAUGCCGAGGUCGGUGGAUGUGUCUCUUAUGGUGGGAUCCCCGCAGACAAACAGAGAAAACAGUUCAGUGGGGAGGUCAACUAUAAUCCUGAAGAUGACGUGCAUUUCGCGAAUCUGAACGUUUGGCAAACACUGUACUUUGCGUUGAUGAACAAGACGAAGAAAAAUGAUAAAGAAGAUAUUCCAAUUACACUAGAAGCCUUGCUUAAGGUGUUUCAAAUCUCUCAUACUAAGUACACUCCCGUGGGUGAUGAGUUUGUGCGCGGGGUCUCGGGGGGUGAACGAAAACGGGUGUCCAUUGUGGAAACCCUCGCCACCAAAUCAACCGUAGUAUGCUGGGACAAUUCAACUCGAGGGCUAGACGCCUCCACAGCUCUGGACUACGCCAGGUCAUUGCGUAUUAUGACAAAUAUCAGCAACCGAACCACCUUCGUAACACUCUACCAGGCUGGCGAAGCUAUCUACGAGCUCAUGGACAAGGUUCUCGUCAUAGAUCAAGGUCGCUGUAUCUUUUCCGGUCCCACCAAUGAAGCCAAACAAUACUUCAUCAACCUAGGUUUCCACUGCCCAGAGCGGCAAACCACCGCUGACUUUCUAACCUCAGUUACAGAUCCAACAGAGCGCCAGUUCUGUGAAGGCUAUGAAGAGAUCGCGCCGAGGACGCCUGAAGAGCUUGAGACUGCGUUUCGGGCAUCAGAGAACUAUAGGAGGAUGUUGAGAGAGAUUGAGGAGUAUGAGACGGAGUUGGAUCGAAGUGGACACAAGAAUACGAAGGAGUUUGAGAUGGCGGUUAGAGACAGUAAGAGCAAGACUGUGUCGAGAAAGAGCUCGUUUACAAUUAGUUUUGUCAGGCAGGUUUGGGCAUGUACGCUGAGAGAGUUUUGGUUAACGUGGGGAGAUAAGACGACUUUGAUUACGAAGUUCUUUAUUAUUAUCAGCAAUAGCCUCAUUGUCGGAAGCCUGUUCUAUGGCGAGUCAUUAGAUACAUCAGGUGCAUUCGAGAGAGGGGGCGCUUUAUUCUUCUCGAUCUUGUUCCUGGGUUGGCUGCAAUUAUCGGAGUUGAUGAAAGCUGUUUCCGGGCGCGUCGUCGUCAAACGACACGAAGAUUAUGCUUUCUACCGACCGUCAGCUGUCAGUCUGGCAAGAGUAGUGCAAGACUUCCCACUGCUCCUCCUCCAGGUCAUCCCUUUUUGCAUAAUCAUGUACUUCAUGACCGAACUCGACACCGACGUCUCAAAAUUCUGGAUCUAUCUCCUCUUCGUCUUCACCACCACCAUCUCUAUUACCUCCCUCUACCGCAUGUUCGCCGCGCUCUCCCCUACCAUCGACGACGCAGUCCGCUUCUCUGGCAUCGCACUCAACCUCCUGAUCAUAUACACCGGCUACGUGAUCCCGAAACCACAGCUCGUCAGCGACUACCUCUGGUUCGGGUGGCUUUACUAUGUCAAUCCGAUUUCAUAUUCAUUUGAGGCCGUCUUAUCGAACGAAUUCAGCGAUAGAAUGAUGCAGUGUUCCCUGUCGCAACUGGUGCCCCAGGGUCCUGGGGUGGAACAAAAUUAUCAAGGAUGUAGUUUGACAGGCGCGCAACCGAAUUCACGGUCCGUGCCUGGAGCCGCGUAUUUGCAGACAACGUUUAGUUACACGCGAGGCCAUUUGUGGAGCAACUUUGGCGCUGUGAUUGCGUUUACGGUGUUGUACAUCCUUGUUACAGUGCUCGCUACGGAGAUGAUUUCGUUUGCAGGUGCGGGUGGGGGAGCACUAGUUUUCAAGAAGUCAAAGUGGGCGAAGAAGAGCGUGAAACAUGCGCCUGUUGAUGAGGAGACAGUUGCUAUGAGCGAAAGUCCGAAUGUGAAUGAUGCGCGUGGGAGAAUGGUGACAGGCGAGAAGGAGGAAGAGGAGGCGCUAGAACAGAUUUCGAGUAAUAAGAGUAUCUUCACCUGGAAGGACAUUGAGUAUACCGUUCCAUACCAGGGCGGAGAAAGGAAGUUGUUGAACAAGGUGAAUGGUUACGCGAAGCCGGGGGUCAUGAUAGCCCUCGUUGGCGCCUCCGGGGCCGGUAAAACCACACUUCUAAACACACUCUCCCAGCGCCAAAGAAUAGGCGUCGUCUCGGGAGAAUUUCUUGUCGAUGGCAACACACUAUCUCGCAACUUCCAACGCGGAACCGGUUUCUGCGAACAAGUGGACCGGCACGACGACACCGCGACAAUCCGCGAGGCGCUCGAAUUCUCUGCUAUCCUACGCCAAAACAAUUCCAUUCCACGGCAAGAAAAACUUGAAUACGUAGAUAAAAUCAUAGACCUCCUCGAACUACAGGACAUGCAAGACGCACUGAUCUCUAGUCUUGGCAUUGAGCAAAAGAAGCGGUUGACCAUCGGUGUCGAACUGGCUGCAAAGCCAUCGCUGCUUCUUUUCUUAGAUGAACCGACUAGUGGGCUUGACAGCAACUCUGCAUACUCGAUUAUCCGGUUUUUGAAGAAAUUGGCGCUUUCAGGACAAGCUAUUAUCUGUACGAUUCACCAACCAAGUUCGACCUUGAUCCAGCAGUUUGAUAUGAUUCUCGCGCUGAAUCCGGGAGGGAACACGUUUUAUUUCGGACCUGUGGGCGACAAUGGAAGGGAUGUAAUUAAAUAUUUUGCAGAUCGAGGAGUUCAGUGUUCGCCGAGUAAGAAUGUCGCCGAGUUUAUACUUGAGACUGCUGCGAAGACUGUCAAGCGCGAGAAUGGGACCAGGAUCGACUGGAAUGAGGAGUGGAAGAAGUCGUCGGAGAACCGAGCCCUGCUGAAAGAAAUCGAGAGAAUCAAGUCCGAGUGCAGGAGAGUGGCGACCGAAACCUCCCACGAAGAAGCUAAAGAAUUCGCAGCCCCGGUCUGGCUUCAAACAGUAGUACUGACAAAGCGGACGUUCAUCCAGUACUGGCGCGAUCCAUCAUACCUCUACGGCAAACUCUUCGUGGCAGUCAUCGUUGGAAUUUUCAAUGGGUUUACAUUCUACAUGCUUGGAAACAGCAUCCAAGACAUGCAAAACAGGAUGUUCACCCCAUUCGUAAUCAUCCUCAUUCCCCCGACAAUUGUUAAUGGGGUGGUCCCCAAAUUUUACCAGAACAUGGCGCUGUGGCAAAUCCGAGAGUUACCGAGCAGAAUAUAUGGCUGGUUCGCCUUUACAACCGCCCAAGUUGUCGCCGAGAUCCCUAUCGCGAUCAUGAGUUCGGUGCUAUACUGGCUGCUAUGGUACUACCCGACGGGUCUCCCCGCGGAUUCAUCGACAGCAGGAUACGUGUUCUUGAUGACGAUGCUCUUCUACCUCUUCAUCUCGUCGUGGGGCCAAUGGAUCUGUGCCUUUGCGCCCUCCUUUACCGUCAUUUCAAACGUUCUUCCCUUCUUCUUCGUCAUGUUCUCCCUCUUCAACGGCAUCGUGCGUCCCUACUCGCAGCUCUCAGUCUUCUGGCGCUACUGGAUGUACUUCGUCAACCCGUCCACAUAUUGGAUUGGUGGUGUGCUCGCCGCAACCAUGCACAACAUUCCCGUCAAUUGCACCAUGUCCGAGACUGUGAUUUUCGACACUCCCGCCAGUCGCUCGUGUGGCGAAUACGCAAAUAGCUUUCUAGAAGAAGCCCCAGGGUACUUGCUCAAUCCGGAAGCGAGAAGUGGGUGCAUGUAUUGUCCGUACAGCAAUGGAGAUGAUUAUUUGCGAACGCUGAAUAUCGAUGCUGGGGAUAAGUGGAGAGACUUUGGUAUCUUUUUUGCGUUUUGCAUGUCGAAUUGGGCGCUGGUGUAUUUCUUCAUAUGGAGUGUGCGUAUUAAAGGGUGGUCAUUCGGAUUUGGGAAGCUGGGAUCUUGGAUCGGGAAAGGUGUUCGUCAGGCCAAGAGAUAUUCCAAAAGAUAGCGUGAAAGCAGUUGGGACGUUAAGGGCAAUGGUCGCGGCACUGGAGCCCCUUGCUG